UACUCCACUGGUCUUUAGUCCCCCGUAGUUACCUACCCCACACCGGAAAACAUUUCACCGGUGUCCCUUUCACUAUCCCGUCAUUCAGAAUGUGCAAUCUCGAAACCGAAGGAACAAAAUUUGGAUGUGGGCAUUACAAGGUGACGCGCAAACUGAAGAAGAUCGAUUGCUACAACCAGUAUUGCAUCCACUCCGUCUAUCAUCCCAGGAAUUGUCCUGAUUGCCAUUGCGAACGUUACUUCGGUCCCGACGCAAGAGAAACAAUCACCCACAGAACAGCCGAUUACUGUGUUUCUUGUCAGUACUGGUUCAAGGACGGAGCCUCCCAGCGUCGUUAACCUUGAUGGUUUCGACGGCCCCGGUGGCUUCUUCGCUAAAUCUAUCGAGAAAGCAUAUAUAAUGCCGUUUUAUUCUAUUAAUUAUCACUCUAGUCACGCCUUGCUUUGCACACCACUUU